AUGCGUCGCUCCGCCUCGAGCGCGUCGCUCGCCUCGGGCAAGAACAUCUCGCCGCUCUACCACAAUCCCAAGGACCACUACGACGAGAUGGGCGACUCGCGCUACACCGACCCUGAGACGGGCCACAAGCUCACCUCUCGUGAGCUGCCGCAGGGGAACCGCAAGUACGUCAAAUGGCUCCAAGCGCAGGAUUCCUUGAGCGUCCAGCAGAGCCAGUUCGGCGCCAUCGAGCAGGAGAUGUCGAUGGUGACGCUCAAGGAGUGCGGCUACCUGCAGCAAAUCGAAGAGGAGCGGCUGGGACUGGCCGGUGGCCCGCUGCGGCCGACGCGGCCAAAGGCGCCAGCCGUCCCCGCGCACGCGUUGGUCAUCUCGUGCUCGCGCUCCUUUGCGCCGAUGGACCACAUCUUUGGUGCGGACCCGCGCGCCCUCCUCUCCGUUCGCGUGGCGGGCUACACGUGCUCGGCGGCGGACUCGGUCAUCGGCUCGGUCGAGUGGGCUCUGUCGGAUCGGACCCCGCCAGUGCUGAUAGUGGUUGGGAACUCGAGGAACGACAUUGUCGCCACGGCGGUGCAGCACGUGAUGGGCGGUCGGGCCCCCCACGUGCUGAACGAGCAGCUGGAGAAGCAGCUGAGCGACUCCAGUCUCCUCAACCUGGUGAUGCCCGCGGUCCACGACGCGAUGCAGCGGCGGCCGCGCGGGACGUACGAGGAGGUUCUCGCACUCGCAUGCGAGAUGAACGUCUGGCGCACGGUGGAGACACUGCUCGCGAACAGCAAAGCCAUCAACGAGUCUGCGGCCAACGGCAGUCUGCGGGGGGGCGGAGGGGUGAGCGAACGCAUGACGUUGACCGCCGAUACGACCCUCUACCUCCACUACGAGGAGAGCUCACCCGAGUUCACGAUGAAAUGUACCGUCGGCGGAGAGGCUCUUGGCGCCGCCGCCGUCCUCGAGCGCUUUGCGCACGCCUACUCCAAGCAGACAGGCUCGCCGCUCGCGCCGGGAGGCCUCCACCUGCGAGACUCGCGCGGCGCCGCGAUCGCGUGCGGCGCGCUGCUUCCGUGCGGUCUAUCGAACGGGGCAGACCUCUUCGUCUCGGUCGAGGGCCCACCGACAGCCGACGCUGCGCCUCAGGCGGCGGCGCCGGCGCCGCCCGCAGUCACGGCGGCGGCGCCGGCGGCGGCGUCGAGCGGGCCCGCACGGGUGACUGCCAAGGAGGGCUCGGCGAUUGCGUCGAGCCAGGCCAGGAUGGGAGAGCACUCCUACUACUACUCGGUGGGCAAGGCCGGCGACCCGGAGCGGCCGCCAGUGCCGCAGCCACAGCGCACGUGUGUGGAGCGGGUGGCCGCGGGCGCGCCCGAGGCGACCAUCUCUUCCUUCUCCUUCGAGGACACCGAUGCGCUCGUCAAGCUCCACAUCCCGCUCGCCGGCGCCGGAUCGCUGCCCGCAGGCGCCGCCUCUUCCCUCUCGCCCCCGCUGCCUGCCCGCAGCCUCUCACCUCUCACCCCUCGCUGCCGCCACCGCCGCGCAGGCGCGAUCCGAUGCGACGUGCGGCACCGCUCAUUCGACCUGCGCGUGACGACGGCGGGCCGGCUGCUGCGGCUGCACGUGCCGCUGCUGCACGAGGAGCCACCCCUCCUCCCGCACUGCAGGGCGGGCAAGUUGCUCCUCGUGCUCGCCAAGGCCGAGGCGAAGCAGUGGUUCGAGCUGCGAAAGAGCAAGGGCGUCGGCGACACCGAGUUCCUCAAACUCGUCCCAGACUCGGGAGAGACUCGCACCAUCAUCGUCUGA